AUGGUUGGUCCCGAGGGCUGCGUCUUGUCCCAACUCCACAGUUUCUUCAACCAUGACUCUGGCUCCUUUCAGAAGCACUGGUAUCUGUUAGCUCACAUGAUCCUGGUCAAGAGUAGCAUCAUCCUCUCCAAGAAUGUGACCUCACAAUCUACCAAGGACGACAACAUAUCUGGAUCGAACGACACCCUCUUCCCGGGCCUGCCCGACGACCUGGCCUCAGACUGCCUGGCCUGGACCUGCCGCUCUGACUACCCAUCCCUCGCCUGCGUCAGCAAGAAGCUCCAUUCCCUGAUCAAGAGCGGCUAUCUCUACAAACUCAGGAGGAGACUUGGCAUGAUCGAGCACUGGGUCUACUUGGCCUGCAGCCUGAUGCCGUGGGAGGCCUUCGACCCCGCCAGAGACAGAUGGAUGAGGCUCCCCCGCAUGCCCUGCGACGAGUGCUUCUCCUACGCCGACAAGGAAUCCCUCGCAGUGGGCACCCAGCUGCUCGUCUUCGGCCGGGAGUUGACCGGCUUCGCCAUCUGGAUGUACAACCUGGUCAACCGCGGCUGGUCCCGUUGCCCCCUGCUCAACCUUCCCCGGUGCCUCUUUGGAUCCGGCAGCUGCGGAGAGAUCGCCAUUGUUGCUGGCGGCAGCGACAAAAAUGGAAAUGUUCUCAAGUGCGCGGAGCUCUACAACUCGGAGCUGGGCACCUGGGUGACCCUCCCGGAUAUGAACCUGCCUCGCAAGCUCUGCUCCGGGUUCUUCAUGGACGGCAAGUUCUACGUCAUCGGAGGGAUGCCGAGCCACACAGAUUCGCUGACCUGCGGGGAGGAGUUUGACCUGGAGACCAGGACCUGGAGGAGGAUCAAGAACAUGUACCCGGGCGGGAACCGGGCCACCCAGUCGCCCCCUCUGGUCGCCGUGGUCAACAACCAGCUCUACGCCGCCGACCAGUCCACCAACGAGGUCAAGAAGUACGACAAGGCCAACAACACUUGGCACGUGGUGAAGCCGCUCCCGGUCCGGGCCGACUCCUACAACGGCUGGGGCCUGGCCUUCAAGGCUUGCGGGGACAGGUUGCUGGUCAUCGGCGGCCACCGAGGUCCACAGGGGGAGGUCAUCGUGCUUCACUCCUGGUCCCCCGAGGCGGCGGCAGGCCGCGGCAGCGCCGCCGCCGACUGGAGCGUCCUCUCCGUCCGGGAGAGGGCCGGCACCUUCGUCUACAACUGUGCAGUCAUGGGCUGUUGA